AUGACCACACCCGCCAUUCCCAAAUUCAGCCCUGGAGAAGCCGUCAACGAAGAAAAUGGCCUGAUCCACGGCGUCUCGGCGCAGGAACUGCAGAUUCUAGGGGAGCAAUGCUUUGAUGCGCAAUUAGGCCCUUACUCCCUCUUCCGCGUCGGCGCCUCCCUCCUCCUAAACACCUCGAAUCCCACCGCCCCAUCCACAACGCACAUUAUCACCGGCGCAAACGUGGAAAACGCAGCCUACCCCGUCGGCACCUGCGCCGAGCGCGUCGCCAUGGGCACAGCCGUAAUAGCAGGGCACCGCAUCGGCGCCUUCAAAGCCGUCGGCGUGACAACCGACAUUUUGGACUUUUGCUCCCCCUGCGGCAUGUGUCGCCAGUUCCUACGCGAGUUUCUGCAGCUUGAAACCCCGAUUUUCAUGUUUAAUAAGGAGGGAAAGUGGAUUGUGAGGACGAUGGGCGAGUUGUUGCCGCUCAGCUUUGGGCCGGAUGUUUUGCCCCCGAGGGAGGAGUUGAGGAAGGGGCAGGAGGGGGAUAAGGCGAAGACUGCGUAG